GCAAAAUCCAAAAAGAUGGCAUUGACUUUUGCUCUCUCUUGUCUGACUAUUACUCUUUUUGUAACUUCAGAAUUCACAGAUUCGUUUUAAUCCAUCAAGAUGGUUCUUUCCUCUCGCUAACUUCACCGUCCUCGUUUCGAAUCCUACCCAUAAACACACUGAUACACAGACAUAUAUUCAUACAUAAAGAAUACUAAUUUUGUGGCGUUGAGGAUUGAGAUGGGGGCGUCAUCAGUGGUGUGCUCGUGGCUAAUGGCGGCAUGCAUGUCAGUCGCUUGUCAAAAUGACUCUGCCACGGGCAAUCCAUUUUUUUCGUCUUCAUCGAUGUCCUCGAGGUUGGGCAAAUGGGCUUCGCGCCGGAGGAAGAGGGAUCUGGUUAAAUUUGCGUCGGAGUUUUCUGGCAUUAGGAAUGUCGUGACUUCUUGCUUGGCUUUUGAGCCAUGCGACCAGUUCUAUAAAUCUUCUAGUCGUAACUUUUCCACAGCCGAUUUUUUCUUCGGCUUCAGACCGACAAAUGUUCCCCUGCAUCGUAGACGCAGAAAACUCAAUCAACCUGCUGCUGUCCAUCCUGUUAUAGGAGAAGCAGUGGCCAUACCUGUGCAACCAUCCAUGAAAGUAGCACCCGAGAAGAAACCUCCAACCAAUCAAAGGCGAGUGGUUGUAACAGGUAUGGGCUUGGAGACACCACUUGGUCAUGAUCCCGAUGUAUUUUACAGCAACCUACUCGAAGGUGUUAGUGGCAUUAGUGAGAUAGAGGCCUUCGAUUGUUCCCAGUUUCCAACAAGAAUUGCUGGAGAGAUCAAGUCCUUCUCAACAGAUGGUUGGGUUGCACCCAAAUUUUCUAAAAGAAUGGAUAAGUUCAUGCUUUACAUGCUCACAGCAGGCAAGAAGGCUUUGGCCGAUGGAGGAAUUACAGAGGAUGUGAUGAAUGGAUUAAAUAAAUCUAGAUGCGGAGUUUUGAUCGGCUCAGCUAUGGGUGGGAUGAAGGUUUUCUAUGACGGAAUUGAAGCUCUGCGUAUCUCAUAUAGGAAGAUGAAUCCAUUUUGUGUACCUUUUGCAACUACCAAUAUGGGCUCUGCCAUGCUUGCCAUAGAUCUGGGAUGGAUGGGCCCAAAUUACUCAAUUUCGACUGCUUGUGCAACAAGCAACUUCUGUAUACUGAAUGCUGCUAACCACAUAAUUAGAGGUGAAGCUGACAUGAUGCUUUGUGGUGGCUCAGAUGCAGCAAUCAUACCAAUUGGAUUGGGAGGCUUUGUGGCAUGCAGAGCACUUUCGCAGAGAAAUUGUGAUCCUACCAAAGCUUCACGUCCCUGGGAUAGUAAGCGUGAUGGAUUUGUUAUGGGAGAAGGGGCUGGAGUAUUGCUUCUGGAAGAACUUGAACAUGCCAAGAAAAGAGGUGCAGAUAUAUAUGCUGAGUUUCUUGGUGGAAGUUUCACUUGUGAUGCUUAUCACAUGACAGAGCCUCAUCCAGAAGGAACCGGUCUCAUUCUCUGCAUAGAGAAGGCUCUAGCUCAAUCGGGAGUACCCAAAGAGGAUGUAAACUAUAUAAAUGCACAUGCGACAUCCACCCCAGCCGGUGAUAUCAAGGAGUAUCAAGCUCUUGUCCGUUGUUUUGGGCAGAAUCAAGAGUUACGAGUGAACUCCACAAAAUCUAUGAUUGGUCACCUGCUUGGAGCAGCUGGUGCUGUGGAGGCUGUUGCAACUGUGCAGGCGAUAAGGACAGGCUGGGUUCAUCCAAAUAUCAAUCUUGAGACUCCAGAUGAUGGUGUGGACACAAGCGUGCUGGUGGGAUCAAAGAAAGAAAGACUGGACGUUAAGGUGGCAUUAUCUAAUUCAUUUGGAUUUGGUGGCCACAAUUCCUCUAUCUUAUUUGCUCCAUAUAAGUAGAUCUUUAUGGCAUGCUCCAGUUGCAAAUGAUGAUGCCAAAGGUAUGUACUGGUAUUCAUAUUGAUUUGCAAGUCUUUAAUGGCUAUCAAAAUAGAGGGAAGAGGCUGUUUAUACGAUGACUAUAACCGAGGCAGUUACUGUUGUGUUCAUCAUUCUGAGAUGGUGUAUCUGUAAUUUUUGUCGAAGGUAGAGCUGAAAAGUUGUGCAUCUGAUUAGUUUCUAGGUCAAUAGUUUCGGCUUUGUCUCAAUCUUGAUCCAAAGAUCUUAACAGAAACCUUUGUUGUCCAUUCUCAUGAAUUGAGCUCUUGUAUCUUUUAAGGGUAGUUUUUUCUUAUUUUUGUCGAUACUAUAGUCAUGAUGGUCUCUUGCUUUUAAGAAAUUUAUUUUUGUAGAGGAUAUUAUCUGAUGUUCAACUUAAGUUGUGCUUGUACA